UUGGUCCGCCCACGUGGAGUCCCCGCUUGAAGAUGGCAGACGAUCUUGGAGAUGACUGGUGGGAGAGCCAGCGGGCUGGAGCAGCCAGCAGCCCAGGUGCCUAAAUAAUUUGUCCAUGCUGAAAUCAGAAGGCAACAAGACACAUCUGCCACACCGACCUGAUCUGUAAUUAACCAGUGCCUCCUUUCCACAUAGUAAGUCAUCGGAUCAGAAUAACAUUUCGUUUAACGGAAUUUUCCAUUUGAAGCAUCAGAUGGUGAAGGAGGAGGAGACAUAGAAAUGAUGCAGCCGGAGACAGCUCCAGUUUCUGUCCUGUCAAAGAAACCCAAACAGCCUAAGGAAUGUUUCUUGGUACAACCAAAGGAAACAAAUGAAGACACCACCAAAACCAGGAAGAGGAAAAAGAAGAAAAUUACUGACAUUCUCGCAAAAUCAGAGCCAAAACCAGGGACACCUGAAGACCUGCAGAAACUAAUGAAGGACUAUUACAGCAGCAAUCGCUCAGUGAUUGAAUUAGAAGAACUUAAGCUACCAGACUCCUGUUUCCUCAAGGUCAAUGAUUUGACUCAUAGUCUUUCAUCAUACCUAAAAGAAAUCUGUCCUAAGUGGGCAAAGCUGCGGAAAAACCACACUGAGAAGAAAUCAGUCCUAAUGCUGAUCAUCUGCAGCUCCGCCGUCCGAGCCCUGGAGCUCAUUAGGUCAAUGACAUCAUUCAGAGGAGACAGCAAAGUUAUGAAAUUAUUUGCAAAACACAUAAAGGUCCAGGAGCAGGUAAAGUUGCUGGAGAAGCGUGCUGUGCACCUGGGUGUAGGAACUCCAGGGAGGAUUAAAGAACUCGUUAAACAAGGUGGCCUUAACUUGAACCCCUUAAAGUUUCUGAUUUUUGACUGGAAUUGGAGAGAUCAGAAGUUGAGGAGGAUGAUGGACAUUCCCGAGAUAAGAAAGGAGGUUUUUGAACUUCUGGAAACAGGAGUCCUCAAUCUGUGCAAGUCAGAAUCUUUGAAGCUGGGCCUUUUCUAAGUCUGUGUCCUCAUGAGAAUCCCCAGUUUUCAUUGUGAGGUUUGCAUCUCAUUUAAUGGCUCUGGCACACUGCAUACACUCAGUGCAUAUCAGCUAUUGUGUUCCUGUGUGAGCUGCAUCACCACGUUGAUUGCUGGGAAUAUUUGAUGGGGAUCCUUUGACCAAAAUGAGUGUGUCCUCCUGGCUGAUGUGGCUCAGUGGAUUGAGUGCCAGUCUGCAAACCAAAGGGUCGCCAGUUGGAUUCCCUCCCAGUCAGGACACAUGCCUGGGUUGUGGGCCAGGUCCCCAGUAGAGGGCACACAAGA